UUCAAAAGCUUCACUGUAAGUCUGUAACUCUCCCACAAUCAUUUAAAACGCCAUUACCUUUCACCACUCAUCUCAUCUCUCUCUCUCUCUCUGAAUCUCCGACAUGACAGACGACAGAGUCUACCCGGCGUCGAAACCUCCCGGGGCAUCCACCGCAAACCCGACCUUCCCGGCGAACAAAGCUCAGCUCUACAACGCGAACCGCCCGGCUUACCGUCAACCAGCCUCUCGCCACCGCCGCACGCACAGCCGCGGAUGCUGCUGCCGCUGCUGCUGCUGGACGAUCUUCGUGCUCAUCCUCCUGAUCCUCCUCGCCGCCGCCGCGUCCGCCGUCGUGUACCUGAUCUACCGUCCUCGACAGCCGAGCUUCACCGUCUCUUCCCUCAAAGUCUCCUCCCUCAACUUCACCUCCGCCAACCACCUCACCACCGCCAUCCUCUCCGUCAUCGCCAAGAACCCGAACAAGAACGUCGGGUUCGACUACGACGCCACCGACAUCACGGUCUUCAAAACCUCCCCAGGAGACGACGACGUGGUCAUCGGCAAAGGCUCCAUCCCGUCGUUCUUCCACGGGAAGAAGAACACGACUCUGCUGAAAUCGACGAUCGGGAGUCCCCCGGGAGAUCUCGACGAGCUGUCGGCGGGGAAGCUCAAGGGAGAGCUGAAGGCGAAGAAAGCGGUGGCGAUUAAGAUUGUUCUCGAUACGAAGGUGAAAGUGAAGAUGGGAUCUGUGAAAAGCCCUAAGUCUGGAAUUAGGGUUACUUGCGAAGGGAUUAAAGCGGCGGCUCCUACGGGGAAGAAGGCGACCACGGCUGCUACUUCCGCAGCUAAGUGUAAGGUUGAUCUUAGGAUCAAGAUCUGGAAAUUCACUUUUUAACCGCUGGGGUAAAAGAAAAGAAAUGUAAUUUCACAUUCGUAGUUUUCUUCUUCGUCUUCCAUUGUUUUCAGUUUUUCGUUUUUCUUAAUUUGAUUUCAUAUACAGUUUCCUUCGAUUCCUGUCAGACUUUAUUUUUUGGUUUAUGUAAAUGAGAUAAUAUAAUAUAUUUGUGUUCGGUCUGAGCA